UUCUAACCUCCAAAAGCCCUUCUCAAAAGUACAACUCCGAAACAUUUCAGCGUAAAUUUUCCAGGCUCCUCGAUUUCCCAAUCUCUCUGCUCUUCAUCACUUCACGGUUAUCUUCCGGGUUUAGGAGCUCGAAGAUGUCUACCAAGUACAUCGUUGGUUCUAUUGUCGCAUCCUUUGCUGUUGCAUAUGUUUGUGAUACUGUUAUUUCUGACGGGAAAUUAUUUGGAGGUACUACUCCAAGCACCGUUGCUAACAAUGAUUGGUCGAAAGAAACAGACAAGAAAUUCCAGGCAUGGCCUCGCACUGCUGGUCCUCCAAUCGUCAUGAAUCCCAUCAGCCGACAGAAUUAUAUUGUUAAAUCUUGAUUGAGGCAGUUCAGUUAUGUUGUUUUGGGUUCUGCCAGAAAAUAAUUCAUUUGAAAUUGAACAAUUUUUGUGUUUGAGCAAAGGAUUUGCUCUGAUACUGUAUUCAGACGAUUCAGUCAUUUAUAUUCACUUUCCCUAUAAGAAGGGUUGACAUGUUAUAAUAAAUUCUUUUGUUCAGUUUGCGCACCCA